AUGGCGGGCGUGCACACUAUUGCCUGGCGCUCAGUAGGAGAGGGCUCCUUCUGGCGUGCUACGAGUGGUAGAUUAAAAAAAAGCCCACCAACCAAGCCUCGUAAGGCCAAGGCGAGGGAGCAGGGGGACUUUCCCCCAAGCCCACCCCAGCAAGAGUGUGGCAGGCCACGGGAGCGGACCCUGCCACCGUGCCCUGUGCGGAGAGCCGUGCUACGGGGAGACAUUGUUGUGCCAACAGCCCAGGGUCCUUGCAGGUGGUCACCGCUUAAACAUCGCCCGCUACACCGAGCCGCAGAACGGGGCACAGCUGGACCCGCAGCCACCGCCGCUGCCUCUUCUGCAGCCUCCCAUUCUGCAGCCUCCCAUUCUGCCUCUGCCUCUGCCUUCUCUUCUAUGGCCUCCACUUCCACCACCGCUGCCUCUUCCGUGGCCUCCACUUCUGUGGCCUCCACUUCCGCUUGCGCUUCCGCAUCCACCUCCGUCUACACCUCCACCUCCGCCUCCAGCUACACCUCCACCUCCACCGCAGCGACCGUUCUCCCUUGAAUCCGACCUGGGGGCACCUCCAGUGCUGGAUGUUGCUCCGUGGGGGGCAGACGAGCAGGAGAUACAGCCAGAGUCAGACAGCAAGUUUUUUUCCACUCGUGGCUCACCGAGUGGAAAGAAGCGUCGACUCCGGAGGAGUCCUGGAGGAAAGGUUUUGGCCCUAAC